AUGCCCAAUUCGACAACUCAAGAAUUAAUGACGGACUGGACUCCCAGACUCGGAAGCUUUGGUGGAUCGCUGCGGCGGGACAAAGACAACAUGGACAUAGGCGGUUCUCCUUACCGGACGUCUCCUCAUGGCUCGCCCACACCACAAGGCCAGACAUUAUUCAUCAACACUCCCCACUCGACUUCCCACCUUGCCUAUCCAUCCAUAUCGGGCUCUCCAUUCCCCCAUGUCCCUCAUCAUCGCCAUCUCGCUUCCCCUCUAUCGCAAUCUCAAAGCUACUACCCUUCACCGCAUGGGGGCUUUGAACCCGACCCUGUCCAGUGGCAAGCCCACGGCCGCUCGCCUACAUAUGCUGAAGGUUCUGGGCAACUGCAGUACCUAGGCUAUUACACUGGUGAACAAGGAUUGCUGAGCACAUCUGCAUUGGAGAGGCCUUACUCUGCACACGGAGAAGCCAUCUCUACGAUGUCACAAAGAAAGAGGGGUAAGCAGCCAAUGAGAGGAAGUGGUGGGAUGGGGAGGGCGACACCGAAAAGGGGACGAUCGGAGGAGACCCUGGGGUCCGCAAAGAGAUUGAGAGUAGGCGGUCCUGAACAAGAGCGGUAUAUGUCCCCGGCAGCCUACCCCGGGCCUUCGGGGCACUCAGGGGCCCAAGAUAUGACCCCUAUCAACGAGAUACCAGAGGACCCCGCCAAUGGAGGUGUCCCCAGACCGCAACCAGAAGGUGCAGCGACAGGGGAGCCUGAGCACCGCCCAUUGGUCAUCACCCGUCACGAGACAGAAGGCCGAAAACUCGGUCUUCUAGGUAUCGCCCGAGGCGAGCUCGAAGACUCCAAAACCCCCGAAGAUCCGCCUUUAUCCCCUCGUAUGACAACCAUCGAUGUGCUGGAAACCGACGAAUCAGGCCGUGCGGUACUGGCCACAAGAGAAGUGCUGGAGACAGAGUUGACGUGGUUGGACCCGAACAACCAAAUGACACCGCCAUCUUCCCCAAAGAGGAUGUCGUUCCAGACGCCGGUGGCACCUCGUAAACAAGCACCCCAAGAGGAAGAACAAACGGACGAGGAGAACUCAGAGCCAGCACUGGAGCGGGAGGCGAAUCAGCUGUCCAAACGGCUCCAAGCGUUCACCGAAGCAAUGACACACGAUGAACAGCCCCUCGUCUCUACACGAAUCGAGAUGUUUGGUCGAGUAGCUGUUCGCAAGUCUACAGCUUUCAGCUUCCUCCAACUGAGCUCUUCAGAAGGGUCAGCAGCUAUCGAAGAGUUCAAAGCCGAUGGCAAGGAAGACUGGGAAGUGGAGUCUGACGAGUCGCGAGUAUUUCGGCCCUUCGUCAGGCCUAUGUGGCCCGAUAACGAAGCUCCAUGGGCGCUUGCUGGCGGGAAGAUGAAGGAUAGGAUCAGGAGGGAGGAGGGAGCCAAGGCGCAUACGCUACGGCGGUAUCUAGAGACGUCUAGUGAUGAGAGCGAGGAAGAGGAUGAGCAUCCGCGCUUUUUCCGGGCUGUUCGCCAGACGGGCCACUGGGGAAGGGGCAAGGGUAAAAGUAUCUCAAGGCUGCUUCCCAUGGAGAUGCGCGAGCGGGAGAGACGUAUGGACCGGACAUCAGCCCGAGAUGCGCUGUUGAGCUCUUUACGCUCCCGUCCUGUACCGGUACUCCCAGCUGGGGUAGUAGCCUGCGUCUGUGGCGCGACAGCCCCCAACGAGCUCGGCUCUAUGAUCUCUUGCGCAGCUUGCCGAACAUGGCAUCAUCUCGUCUGCAACGAGUUUGAGGACGUGGCGAAAGUUGGACCGAACUGGUGGUGCCAGAGCUGUACGGCCAAUGCCUCGGGCUUACGAACACCCGUAUCCCAUACGCCUACCAGGAGCUAUUCGUCCAUCGGAGAUCCAAGGAGUUCUGCGGUCAAAUCCGACAUCAACCAUAUCGCGCUGGCGCCUUCGCCAAUGUUUGUCAACUCUGGCAACAUCUCUGCUGCGCGAACUCCUGUCACUAGGAACCCUGGGUCUUCUCCGCAAAGACCAAAGCACUCGAGGGUGUUGUCUUUCGGAGGGGACAUGUGGGCUUUCCAGGAAGACGCUGCGCCAUCUACACCUGUGCCUGUCGUACAUGACCGGUAUUCUACCCCGCGUAUCAGCGACACUCCGUUUGAUGUCACUUCCACCCCUUCCCGUCAUCUCGACUUCAACUUUGGUCAACCGUCCCUCUUCUCGCUCACCCCCCUGGGGGGCAGAUCCAGAAUGCCGUCUACGGUGCUGAUCGAUGGUACGCCCGUCAUGCGGGCGACUCCAAGAAAUACGAGUGGGCACGGGGGUGCACUGGAACCAAUGUCUGUGCCUUCACGAGCGGACUUUUUCCGUGAGCUUAACAAGGGCAAUGGGCCACACUCUGCGGGACCGAGCUUGGGACAUCACCACUCCAACGCUGCUGUUCAUCACAUGGUAGGGUCAGCUUCGGUAGGAACAGGUGAUAGAGAGCUUCCAGCGUCGCCAAGAUGGCCUCAUAGUCUUUUGGGAGCGCAGCUCAGCCCUUCACCAUUCGGAGGCGGCCACAGACGGUCUCUGAGUGGGAACAAGCUGAGCAGUAUGAGAUCAAGCUCGAGGAGUGGGCUGGGGACGGGAUAUGGCGUAGCGGAGGAGAAGGAUGAGUAA